UCCUCAGUGCCGCCGAGUAACCUGGAUUCCCGGCCCUCCUCCUCCUCCCUCUUUCUUUUCUUUUUUUUUUUUUUUUUCCUCCUCUCCCCUUUUCUUUUCCUCCCCCCUCCCCUCCCCUUCCUCCUCCUCCUCCCCUUCCCCCGACAGCGUAGCCGGGGCUCGGGCUCGCUCCCUCCCCCGUGCCCUCCCCUGGAGCCGCCGCCGCCUCCGCCGUCGCACACGGAGACAUGUACCCGGGAGCCCCCUCCGCCGGACCCGUGCUCACACCUCCUCCACCGUUGCCACCACCAAUACAGGGAUAUGCCUUUAAACCUCCUCCUCGACCAGAUUUUGGCACUUCUGGGAGAACAAUCAAACUGCAGGCCAACUUCUUUGAAAUGGACAUUCCUAAAAUAGAUAUCUACCAUUAUGAAUUGGAUAUAAAGCCAGAAAAAUGCCCUAGAAGAGUUAACAGAGAAAUAGUGGAGCAUAUGGUUCAGCACUUUAAAACCCAGAUUUUUGGGGACCGCAAACCAGUGUUUGAUGGAAGAAAAAACCUUUACACAGCUAUGCCACUUCCCAUCGGGAGAGAUAAACAGGUGGAGCUGGAGGUCACGCUGCCAGGAGAAGGAAAGGACAGAAUAUUUAAGGUGGCUAUAAAGUGGAUGUCCUGUGUGAGUUUGCAGGCUUUACAUGAUGCUCUUUCUGGCCGGCUGCCAAGUGUCCCGUUUGAGACCAUCCAGGCACUGGAUGUAGUGAUGAGGCACUUGCCUUCCAUGAGGUAUACUCCCGUGGGGAGAUCUUUUUUUACAGCAUCAGAAGGGUGCUCAAAUCCUUUGGGUGGUGGCAGGGAGGUUUGGUUUGGCUUCCAUCAGUCGGUCAGACCUUCAUUAUGGAAAAUGAUGUUAAAUAUUGAUGUGUCUGCAACUGCAUUUUACAAAGCACAGCCAGUGAUCGAGUUUGUAUGUGAAGUUCUGGACUUCAAAAGUAUUGAAGAACAACAAAAACCUCUGACAGAUUCCCAAAGGGUAAAGUUUACCAAAGAAAUAAAAGGUCUAAAGGUGGAGAUAACACACUGUGGACAAAUGAAAAGGAAGUACAGAGUGUGCAAUGUCACCAGACGACCAGCAAGCCACCAAACAUUCCCACUUCAGCAGGAGAAUGGACAAACAGUUGAAUGCACUGUAGCUCAGUAUUUCAAGGACAGGCAUAAAUUAGUUUUACGCUAUCCUCACCUUCCAUGUUUACAAGUUGGACAGGAGCAGAAACACACGUACCUUCCUCUGGAGGUGUGCAACAUAGUGGCAGGACAAAGAUGCAUAAAGAAACUCACUGACAAUCAAACUUCCACUAUGAUUCGAGCCACUGCCAGAUCAGCACCGGACCGUCAAGAGGAGAUCAGCAAGUUGAUGCGGAGUGCAAGUUUUAACACCGACCCUUAUGUUCGGGAAUUUGGGAUAAUGGUCAAAGAUGAAAUGACGGAUGUGACCGGCAGAGUCCUCCAGCCUCCCUCAAUCCUCUAUGGAGGCAGGAAUAAAGCAAUUGCUACACCAGUUCAAGGAGUCUGGGACAUGAGGAAUAAACAAUUUCACACUGGGAUUGAAAUAAAGGUCUGGGCAAUCGCGUGCUUUGCUCCCCAGCGCCAGUGCACUGAAGUUCAUCUGAAGUCCUUUACAGAACAACUGAGGAAGAUUUCCAGGGAUGCUGGAAUGCCAAUCCAGGGGCAGCCGUGCUUCUGUAAAUACGCGCAGGGAGCCGACAGCGUGGAGCCCAUGUUCAGACACCUCAAGAACACUUACACUGGGCUGCAGCUUGUCGUGGUGAUUCUGCCAGGAAAAACACCAGUCUAUGCGGAGGUGAAGCGCGUUGGCGACACCGUGCUGGGAAUGGCCACACAGUGUGUUCAGAUGAAAAACGUCCAGAGAACAACACCACAAACCCUGUCUAACCUUUGCUUAAAAAUAAAUGUCAAAUUAGGAGGCGUAAAUAACAUUCUGCUGCCACAGGGAAGACCCCCAGUAUUCCAGCAGCCUGUCAUAUUCCUUGGUGCAGACGUAACUCACCCACCAGCUGGAGAUGGGAAAAAGCCUUCCAUUGCUGCAGUUGUGGGAAGCAUGGACGCUCAUCCCAACCGAUACUGUGCCACCGUUCGGGUCCAGCAGCACCGCCAGGAAAUCAUCCAGGAUUUGGCUGCCAUGGUCAGGGAGCUGCUCAUCCAGUUCUACAAAUCAACGAGAUUCAAACCAACUCGCAUCAUCUUCUACAGGGACGGUGUUUCGGAGGGGCAGUUUCAACAGGUGCUGCACCACGAGCUGCUGGCCAUCAGAGAGGCUUGCAUUAAACUAGAGAAGGAUUAUCAGCCUGGAAUCACAUUUAUAGUUGUGCAGAAAAGGCAUCACACCAGGCUCUUCUGCACGGAUAAAAACGAACGGGUUGGAAAGAGUGGAAACAUUCCAGCUGGUACCACAGUGGACACAAAAAUCACCCACCCAUCAGAGUUUGACUUUUACCUGUGUAGUCAUGCUGGGAUUCAGGGAACAAGCAGACCCUCUCAUUACCAUGUCCUGUGGGAUGACAAUCGUUUCUCCUCGGAUGAGCUGCAGAUCCUCACCUAUCAGCUGUGUCACACGUACGUCCGCUGCACCCGCUCCGUGUCCAUCCCUGCACCAGCGUAUUACGCUCACCUGGUUGCCUUCAGAGCCAGGUACCAUCUGGUGGAUAAAGAGCACGACAGUGCUGAAGGAAGCCACACUUCUGGUCAGAGCAAUGGCAGAGACCACCAAGCACUUGCCAAGGCAGUUCAAGUUCACCAGGACACGCUGCGCACGAUGUACUUUGCUUGACAUGUUUUAAUGUUUAGCGACUCCGUACGAGACAGAGUUGGAUUCACACGAGACCAGCUGCACUUAGACCAACCCCAGCUCCAGGGGCAGCCAGCAAUGAGUGACACAUCUUAAUUCCUUUCUUUCCCGUUUUGCAAGGAAGCCUUCCGUCCAGAAUUUCAGACUUGAUUACUAACUGCAUUCUUGUACCAAACCCCACUAUUGUUGGAAAUGUGGUUUGCCAAAAAAAUCUCUAAGCUGCUUGGUAUAAAACAGACCCAUUUUAUAAUUAAAUCAAGAGCUGCAAUCUCAGGGCUUAGGGAAGGAAAAAACAAACAAACAAACAAAAAACCAACAACCCAACCCACAAAACUCCUCAUUCAGUUCGCUGUUCAUUGAGUUGCUUUUAAUAAUUUGGAAAGAUCUAAUUCAUACUAAGGUUUGAUGAGCUAAAAUGCUGUGAAUUAGCUUUUAAUGCAAAGCAAAGCAUUUUUUUACUAUUUAUGAAGCCUUGAUUAUUCUAGAUGAAUUUACAAAAUUUUUAUUUUCAAAAUAAGAGAGUGACAAAAUCCUGGUUUUCAACUGUCUUAUAAAGAUUAUUCUCAGAUUAUUCUCUGUGUGUCUAAGGGCAAAUGUAUUUUCUGAAGCUUGUUCUUGAAUGUUUUUUAUUGUGCUGCAUUUGAAAAUGUUUUUCAUAGGCUAAAGAUAAAUUUAAAAAAAAAAAGGAAUGAACUUGUACCUAAGCUUUUAAUAGCUCCAGUUAGAUUGGCAAAAGAAAAUGUGCCAUUUAAAAAACUUGUAAAGAUUUUUUUAAAAAUCAUACUGACAGCUAACUUUAGGAUUUGUCAUACAGGACUGUGACACUUACUUUCCAAAGUCUAUAAAGAAUACGGGUCUGUGGUGAUAAAUACAGUACAAUCCUUUUUCACUGUAGUUUGAGUUAAUGUAAAUUUUAUAUAUGUUUCACAGUAUUAAUGUGAUAGACUAGAUGCUAUUAUUUAUUUUUAUUUACUAAGGAGUGCUCAUUAUACUUCUGUUAACAUAUCAAGAAUGCUUUGAACUUAGAAAGUGAAAACCUUCUCGUGGGGACAUUUACUCUUCAAAUGCAAAAAUAUGCAAUCAAGGUGGUGAGAGCUCAGAGAUACAAACAGUGUCUGUUGUAGCUUGGGAUUUGCAGAAAGGCUUUUCAACCGUGCACACAACACAGCAGGUUUUACCUCUGCGGUUCAGAGACGCACACGAGACCAACACCCUCCGUUCAUUCAAGCACAAAACAAUUGUAUUUUAUUUAUAUGUUGAAGAUUGGUGAAGCAGGAGCUCCAGUAGGGAAGAGCGGCUCGCUGCAGGUUAGACAGAAGUCAGAGAAUCUAUGCAGUAAAGAUAAAUCAGAGGAAAACUGAAGUUUACUUAGGGAGGGAGGUGAAACUCUCUUCAUUAUGCAUGAGGUCCAUAGGAAAUGUGAGAGUUUUGCCAUUCUCUGAGGAGAAGCAUUAAUUACAACUGAUAAUUUCUAGACAGACGCUUCUGUUAGUUUGCACACUGGAUUCAUAAAAACCAUAACACACAUGUAAACCAUUGCACUAAUUACAAUGCCACAGGCAGGUUUAGGAGAAAAUGGAAAAAGCCCAGAAAACUUGUUUUUGCUGACUUGAUCUUGUUUGUUUUGCCAUAGAAAAACUGAAAUAACGUGCUAAAGAGGCAGGUUUGAAAAUUUUCAUUCUCUUCCACUGAUGGAUUUUGCUUUUUUUCCCUUUUCUCUGAGCAGCUGCUCAGUCUCGUUUGGAUACUUUUACCUCUGGCCACUGGGACGGGCGAGUAGCUUUAACCCACACAGUGCUCUGGGCCAUGGAGCAGAUCCACUGCAACCAGUUGUUGUUGGAUAAGCUAGAAAAUGCCCAACCUUUGCUGCAUAAAGACUUUUAGGUACAUAAUUUUGUGCAAGUUCAGAUCUUCACCUUGUAGCAGUUGUGUUGGUUGUUGGUGUUUUUUGAGUGAGAUGUAAAAACUAUUAAUGGAAUCAUUGUGUUUGUAUUAUUCUAAUUUGGUGAUUAGGCUGCUGGGGCAGAGUGUCUUCUUGGUCAUAGUUAUAUAAAUGCAGAUUUAAGCAAAUCUUAAGCCAAGCUUAGGUAGCACUGUCUGUCUUGCUGUGUCCCAGCCAGGUUAUACCUACCUCCCCCCAAGCACCCCUAAACUGCAGAACCUUCCCAUGGUGGGUGUGUUGCACUUCCCUGUCUUUCCUUGAGAGGUUUCCUAUUUCAGUGAAGAUUUUAAUUUGGCAAGAGUUUCUAUAUAAGAAUUAUUUUUUUAUAUGAAUUGUUCUUAACACAUAGGAAAAAGACCAUCUGUUUUAAGAUACCAUUUAGUUUAUCUUGCUGUUAUGCAGAGACCUCUUGGAUGUGAAAUUCAUCCCCCUCUUUCCAUGCAGAUCUGGGAUAAAUGACUUGUACAGGUGGUCAGAUGGGGCAAGGAGGGCAGGAUCUGUCUUGACUUCAAAUCUCAUUUCUGAAGCAGACUGUGGGACUUCACUGCAUCCUAUUUAGGAUGUUUUCUUUGUGAGAAAAGGUGUUUUAGGCAGGCCCUUAAUCUGAGAGUAGCUGUCAUCCGUGUAUCUUCUUGGAAUUAGCAGAAAUUUUGUGUAGCUUUCCUUCCCUGAGUAUGAAGAACUUGGGAUGGUUAUGUGCAUUUCAGGACAUUUUUACCCUUUAUAGAUCUUUCUAAGCCUCUAAUACUGCUAAUUCUUUAUGCCUUGAUGUCUCCCUCCUUUCCCCUCCCACCAGUGAUGAAUUUCUGAAUAAUUUAAAGCAUUUUUCUGAAAAACACUGAUGAAGUAUAUACUUUGAAAAGUACAGCAUGCUGGCAGUCCAGCAGCUCUCUUUCUGGGAUUAUUCUUAAUAUAAAUUACGUAUUCAGGAAUGUCUCCUGUGAAAAAACCCCACCUUGAACACCUACAAUCCUACUAUUUUGUUUUCCUUACCUCCCACGUGUCUGGUGUAGAACAGCAACAUCUCAGGUCAACACAAAGGUGAAGAAGUCUCAGUGUCACCCAGGUUCCUGUAGCAGUCCCAGUUGAGGUCACAGCUGUAAUCACUGUGCAGCUCAGGGCAGCAAUAACCAAACGUGUCACCCCCGGGCACUUGGGGUAUUUUCCAGUCGUGUGACUCCCACUGCACAACCCCCCAAAAACCAGCAUUAGCAAGGACAAAAUGCUCCCCUUGGGAGGUAAAAAGUACUAUCAGCAGAUGUAAAACACAUAAAAGUUCUCUUUUUUUUUUUUUUCCCCCUAAUGUGCGAAAACUGAUGCAAUAACAAGGUUUGCCUGGUGGUGGAAAUUUCUGCUCCAGGGGCUGAAUAGGAUAAUGUGUCCAAUUCCAUCUGUUCUAGCACCCAGGAAACAGCUGAGUUGAUCCUUAGGAGAAAAUGUCCUGCUGGGAAAUGCUGGAAGUAGGUGGAUUUGUCUCUGCCUUUCUGUGAGUUUGCAUUUCAGACAGCCCCUAUGCAAUGUAACCCCUCAGUGUGUGUGUGCACUGACGGACCGAGGGAGAUCCCUUGUUUUAUCAGAGCUCCUUAUUUUGGCUUGGCUUGGUUUGGAAUAUUUGACUUUGUGAAUCACAAUCAAUGAUCUUCCGUGUCCCAGGAGCUUUGGCACAUUAAUCCCCUCGUUUCUAGAUCUGUCAGGUUCGGCUGAGUUUGCUGUUUGUUGUUAGGGAAAGAUCUUCUGUCUUAAUCUGCCGGGGCCAACAUGGAAAAUUUAAGGAAACUGAUGUUUAAAACAAGAAAUCCAUAGUAAAUACUUUUGAAAUCCGUAACAAAUACCUUUGAUCUCCUUUCAGGCCCCCAGGCAGCGUUCCCUGAUUGUAAAAGCAAAAAGGUUGUGAAGGUUUAGCUUUAAUUCUGCCUCUGUCAAUAACUCCUGCAGCCUUCGUCCAUUUGAACAGAGUCUUGUUCUUGUUGGAAUAUUUUUAUAACAUGAGAUAUUUCCACAAGGGUUUUAAAAUUUAAACUCUAGGUGUGAGGAGUUUGGAGUUUUGUGUGCCCAAGUUAUUUUCUGAAAAGACUGAAGUUUCUAAGAUGCUUCUAAGGUUUUUUUGUACAUAUGCCCAAAGGCUUUUGAUGAAGUUGAAGGUUUUGGUCUGAGGGCUUUUUGAUUGCUGCCAGCGCUCUUUGCUUUGCUGCAGCAGCUGAUCCCUCAAACACAGGCUCACCUGUGUCUCACCUGUAGGAACUCCCAUUUUCCUCAUGCCCAUAAAUCCAAAAUUUAACUGAGAGCAAGGCCUAUGUUAACACCCCCCAGCCAAAUUCAGUGGAUUGUUGUAGGGAUUUUAGUGGACUUGCAGAUUGUUUCUUUUUGAGGAAAAUCUUGAUCUUUGGGAGAGAGGACAGGUUGGUUCUGCAGGUUCUGCUUAUUCAGGACUGCAUGUGCUGGGAAUGCAAGACUGGGACCUUGGGAGAUCAGAUGGACAUACUUGCUCUGGACUCAGUCAAAUAAGCAUCUCUGGUGGCAUAAAUAACCAUUAGGGACUUUUUUUUUUUAGGACAUCUUUUACACAUUAAAUAAAUGAAUGUAAGAAGAGUUCUCAGUAUUUUUCACACUCGAGACCAGUGUAAUUAAAAUCACUUGUUUUCCUGUUUGUUUUUUUUUUUUAGUGUUCUUCUGCCAUAGCAUCUCUCUUUGUGUAUGAGUCCUGCCAGUGUGGCUUUCCCCAUUCCUAAUGCAGGGCAGUCCUUUGUUUUUUACUUUUAUAUCCAUUUGGUAACAUGCUUCUUCAUGCACACAUGCCAUCUUUUCUAAGGAAAACUUCAAGUAGAAGGUAAUUGCACUGAUUUGUUUUUUUUUUCAAACUCUCUUUUUACUGUAAGACUUCUUUGUGUUCUUUGGGGUUUUUUUGCAUCUGCUGUAGCUGUUUAAAAAUACUGUAAAUAGUGCUCUUACAGCAAAUACUGAAAUGCUGGGGAUACCAUUCCUGGUUCUAUUUUCCAGAAUACUGCCAUAUUUUACAGUGUC